AUGAGCAAGGUUGCAGGUUGGUGGUCCGAUAAUGACAAGAGAAGCGAGCCCAAGUCCGCCGCCGACACCCUAUCACCCGCUGGAGUUGUGGCCGGCCACAGUCACACUCCACGCUAUUAUUUCAGGAAGAGGUUUAGGUUAGCAAGUAUAGAGUCCCUUCCCAAAGAUUUAUUAUUGGACAUCAUUGCUCGUCUCCCACCUCAAGAUAUCCGGGUCCCGGUAGGGCUCGUUUGCCGCAAGUGGUACCAUUUGACCCAUAGCCCUGACUUGAUACAAACGCAAAUCUUCCGUGCAACUUCCGGGCUCAUCUUACACUAUACGUUUUUACGCAAGGAAUUGACUUUUAUCUCGAUGCGGCAGGGCCGGGUCGAGAAAUCCAUGUGCCGCAACGAACUUGGUCAUUUAAUCUGGGCCAGCUGUAAUGGCCUGCUUUUGGGAUUCUUAAAUGGAGAUCCUUAUUCUGUGCGCAUCCUGAAUCCCGCAACCAAGCAAUGCUUCACCCUGCCUCCAUUUUCCAAGAUACGUUAUGCAUCUCUUCUUCUUGCUAUGGCGUAUGCGUCGGCCUCCAUGAAGUAUAAAGUGGUUGUACGCGAUUUCGUGGAUGGAAGCAAUGGUGUAAGGAAUCUUGAAUGUCUUAUAUUAACUGUUGGUGUCGAUACCACCUGGAGGCAUGUCCACACCAAACACUUGUCUCUUAAUAAGAACCAACUUUCAUGCGCCUUUAAGCCAUUGAUCACUGAUGGUUUUGUGCAUUGGGUCUGGGAUUGGUGCACCUCUGUUUUCUCUCUCGAUGUGGAGACUGAAAUUAUUUCCAACUCAGAGAUGAAACCAGAAACUGGGGAGUGGCUCAAGGUAUUUAACAUUGAUUUGGAAGCUGAAAAAUGGAAGCUUGAUGUAUUUUUCGGAGAUUGUGAAGACAAGAUAGGCCAAGGGGUUUGGCUCAUUCCGGUUGGUUGGCUGAAUUACCCAGAUGUUCUCGUCCUUGCUCCUCCCAAUACAAGUUGCGAUUGCAUUUUGUACAAAGUUUGUACACGUGAGGUGGCCGGCCACAGUCACACUCCACGCUAUUAUUUCAGGAAGAGGUUUAGGUUAGCAAGUAUAGAGUCCCUUCCCAAAGAUUUAUUAUUGGACAUCAUUGCUCGUCUCCCACCUCAAGAUAUCCGGGUCCCGGUAGGGCUCGUUUGCCGCAAGUGGUACCAUUUGACCCAUAGCCCUGACUUGAUACAAACGCAAAUCUUCCGUGCAACUUCCGGGCUCCUCUUACACUAUACGUUUUUACGCAAGGAAUUGAUUUUUAUCUCGAUGCGGCAGGGCCGGGUCGAGAAAUCCAUGUGUCGCUACGAACUUGGUCAUUUAAUCUGGGCCAGCUGUAAUGGCCUGCUUUUGGGAUUCUUAAAUGGAGAUCCUUAUUCUGUGCGCAUCUUGAAUCCCGCAACCAAGCAAUGCUUCACCCUGCCUCCAUUUUCCAAGAUACGUUAUGCAUCUCUUCUUCCUGCUAUGGCGUAUGCGUCGGCCUCCAUGAAGUAUAAAGUGGUUGUACGCGAUUUCGUGGAUGGAAGCAAUGGUGUAAGGAAUCUUGAAUGUCUUAUAUUAACUAUUGGUGUCGAUACCACCUGGAGGCAUGUCCACACCAAACACUUGUCUCUUAAUAGGAACCAACUUUCAUGUGCCUUUAAGCCGUUGAUCACUGAUGGUUUUGUGCAUUGGGUCUGGGAUUCGUGCACCUCUGUUUUCUCUCUCGAUGUGGAGACUGAAAUUAUUUCCAACUCAGAGGUCCCCCUUCCUCGAGUUCACAGAAACAAGAGACGCUUUUAUCUGUCAACAGGAAGGUAUCUAUCUUUAUUGGUCGCCCUUGGGAAUUUAUCGUGGCAAGUUUGGCAGAUGAAACCAGAAACUGAGGAGUGGCUUAAGGUGUUUAACAUUGAUCUGGAAGCUGAAAACUGGAGGCUCGAUGGAUUUUUCAGAGAUUGUGAGGUUUGGCUCAAACCGGUUGGUUGGCUAAAUUACCCAGAUGUUCUCGUCUUUGCUCCUCCCAAUACAAGUUGCGAUUGCAUUUUGUACAAAGUUUGUACACGUGAGGUCCACUCUGUAGAGUUACCGUAUCCCGCUCGACAUUAG